AUGACAUCGCUGACAGGCGCCACAGGCCCCGCAGCCGCCGUCGCGCCCUUCUCGGAGGAGAAUGCAAUUGUGCUCGACAAGUGGCUCUACGACGUGUGCGGGGUGGACGACCUGCAGUUCCCGUCGCAUCGGCGUGCGCAAUUCGCGCGCUAUGUGGAGCGGCUGCCGCGUGUGGCAAAGACGAAGCAUUUUGUGGCCAACACCUUCGACUACCCGUCACGCUCCGGCACACGCGAGGUGCUCGUACUACAGACAAUGCUGGAGGCACUGGCUCUGCACACACAGGCGGCGGUGCGAGAGACGGAGCAGGUGCAAAACAACGCGCUGCAAGUGCGACGGGUGUUGGAGGAGCGCACGAUGGGCGCCUCAGCCAUUGUGGAGGAAGAGAAGCCGCACGCCGUUAGCGGAGCAGCGGCCGCCGUGGAGAGGCGGAAAGGGAAAGGAGCUCCUGCGGCACCGUCUGCCACGCUAGCUCCAUCCUACGCAUCGUCCCCUCAGGGCCAGGGCUACGUGCCUUUCGAUUCCGCCGCCGCCGCGAGCGACAAUGGUGCUGCGACCCCUGCGAGGAGCGCAGAGACGACCCCGAAACCGCAGCAAGCGGGCGACGAGGCCGUCAGUGAGGAUGGCGACGCUUCAGCGGCCCAGGAACCCUUUUCUGCCGCCGCGCGGGCAGCGCGGCCUGCGGGCUACGAAAAGAAGAAGGCGCUCUCUCUCCGCUACAUAUCAGCGAUUCAAACAAAGACACAGGACAUGUCCAGGCAGCGGGCGGAGAUGGAGCAGCGCCACGCACGUCUGCUAGCCGACAAGGAGCAGUUGGACAAGGAGUACGAAGCGCUGCAGACGACCGAAGAGUUGGUCGUGGCCCGCCAUCAGGAGGCCGAGUCCCGCAAGAACGAAGAGACACUGCUGCUGAGCGAGGAGGCAGCCAUGUACGCAGCCGAGGAGGCCGCAUUCGACAUGGCGUGGGCAGAGUGUGCUGCGAUGCUCGAUGGGCAACCGGCAGCCGCGUGCAGCACAGGUGAACCAGGGGGCAGAGCAGAGGGGCCGCCCUCCACGUCGCCGAGGCCGCAUGUGCCGUCGCUCUCCCCACCGUCUUACCUCAGUUCUGCUUCCGCACAUCCGCUCCCGGCACCCUCAUCGUCGUCACGCUCUCUCAGCGGCGAAGAUCCUGUCGACGUCGCUGCUGUGGCACCUCCGGAUACGGAGCCAGCGACAGUGGCAGCAGCGAAUCAGGAGGAUAGCGCCGGCGAUCACCCAGGUACUCUAUCCGGUGGGAACCCUAGUGGUGACUCGAGCAGCACCGCGCAGCCGCCUCCGCAUCAACAGACCCUGGAGAUGCUGCGCCACCGACUCUCUGAGAUCGGCGCCCGCGCCACGAACUACCGCCGCCAGCUGCUGAAUGAAGGGCACAUGCAUCUCCAACGCUUUCUCCAGUCCCAGCAGCGACUCAAGGACUGGCAGGGUAUGACGGCGCAGCUGCGACGUACCCACCACCAGCUGCGCGGACAGGUGGACGUCAUCCACACUGUUCUGUCCGACACAGCAAGCCGACUGGAGAAGAGCGGCACGACGGCACAGAGAACCAGCUACGGCGAGCAGCUGGCGCGGCUGAACGCGCUGCUGAAGGAGCGGUCGUACGAGACGCUGCAGUACUACGUGGGCAGUCGCGAGGAUGCCGAAAUGGACAUGCUGCUCGACGCGAGCGCCGACGAGGAGCUGCGCAAACUGCAGCGGCCCUCGCCCACCAGCACGCUGGCGGGCGGCGACUUGACCCCUGCUCGGGCCGGCUCGGCGUCUGCAUCCAAUAUGACUACGCCGACGUGUCAGAGCGCAGCUGCCAGCUCUUCUCAUUCCAGUGACAAAGUCCUGCCGCCAUCCGGGUCCUGGCGCACGCCUGUGCGCCAGGCAGCGAGCAACGGCACUGCAGCUGCAGCCACACUCAGCAGUGGCACCGGCAUCCAAAGUAGCGUCGACUCGUCGCACCGCCAUCGCAGUCGCUACGAGCUUGUUCGCCAUCUGCAGCGGUGGGAAGCCGUGUUGCUGGCGGAGCGGCUGGCCAUCUUGAAGGCCGCGCAUAUGGUGCCCGGGCCCAACAGCGGGACAGGGGCUAACACAAAGCAGGCCAACGGCUUCAGCGCCAGGCACGCCUAUGAGGAGCUGCGUGCGUUGUUGCUGCAGUAG